UAUAUGAGGGGUUGUGUGAAAAUUAUUUCUCUCUUGCGGAAUCACAAAGACAUAGAAUCAAAGUGCUUCUUUGGCCACGCUGGCUUUUCUUUCUUCCUCUUCUUUCUCCUCCUCUCUCUUCUGUGUCUGGCGGAUAUUAUGGCUAAUAACACAACAAGCUUAGGAAGUCCAUGGCCAGAAAACUUUUGGGAGGAUCUUAUCAUAUCCUUCACAGUGUCCAUGGCCAUAGGGCUCGCCAUCGGAGGAUUUAUUUGGGCUCUGUUUGUCUGUCUGUCUCGAAGAAGAGCGAGUGCCCGCAUCUCCCAUUGGAGUUCAAGUCGGCGACCUAGGUCUUCUUAUUCUCACGGCCUCAACAGGCCUGGAUUUUACCGCCACAGCGGCUAUGAGCGCCGCAGCAACCUCAGCCUGGCCAGCCUCACCUUCCAGCGACAAGCUUCCCUGGAACAAGGCAAUUCCUUUCCAAGAAAAUCAAGCUUCAGGGCUUCAACGUUCCAUCCGUUUCUGCAAAGUCCACCACUUCCCGUGGACACUGACAGUCAGGUGAUGACUCUCCCCUCUUCCCCGACCUCUCCCACCAUCCUCACUGCUCAGAGCCUGAGACGCCCUGAUUUCCACUGGUCCAGCAGCAGCCUUCCAGUGGGCCUUGCCCCACCGCCUCCGCCGACCUAUGAGUCCAUCAUAAAGGCAUUCCCGGAUUUCUGAUAAGGUGCUUUGGUUAACUUGGUUCUUUCUUUCCUUGUCUUUUCUUGAAAGGAAAUCAUAAAUAGACUAAACAGAAUUUUGAGGACAUGGCCCAAACGACCAAAUGAGUUCCCAAACUGGAAGGUUGAACAUUACAAUGUACAUUGUCUUUGAUCCCAUUUUUCCUUAUCUCACAAAUAAGUAAUAUUUUCACAAAUCGUUAUAUAUUUAUGUAUUUUGUACUCCAUGUGAGGAUUUUUAAAGGUAGUGAUUCUAAUCUAAGAAUCAUUAGUAAUACAGUAUAUAUAUUUUAGACUAAAAUAAAAGCAAGGUAGUUGUGGUUUACAAUCCCCAUUCACUGUGCAAUGUGAUUACAUAGGGCAGUGGUCGGCAAACUCAUUAGUCAACAGAGCCAAAUAUCAAAAGUACAACGAUUGAAAUUUCUUUUGAGAGCCGAAAACCCAUUUCUGUGUUGGGCCACGAAGUUUCAAUCGCACUGUACGUACGCGCCCGCAUGUGGCAUUUUGUGGAAGAGCCACACUCAAGGGGCCAAAGAGCCGCAUGUGGCUCGUGAGCCGCAGUUUGCCAACCACUGACAUAGGAUAUAAGAAAUCAGUGUCACUUAAAAUGUGUUCUAGCCUAAGAAAUUUUAAUUUUGCUUUCUUUGGAAUGACAAGUGAACAAUUUUACAAUCUUGGAUUUCUCAUGAAUUAUAUGGGCACAAAAUGACGGAACAUAGAAGAUUCCAAAGUUCCCUGAUUCCACUCACUUAUGCAAAGGAUGGGCAUCAAGCCGAAGGAGCUGAACUCUGUGGGUGUGACAGGAUACUUCCAUUUUGACCUUUACUUUUGUGCUUUUCCUCAGAAUAGUUUUCCACACUCAUGGAGGCAGAAUCCCUGGAUUUACUCACAUGAUAAUUUACUUUCUUCACUGUCAUAGUUAGGUUUUUAGAAAAGCAACAGCCACAAAUCCAACUCAUUUAACCUAAAAACAUUAACACUGAGCUUACAUUUUUUCUAAGGGAUAAGUUUUAUGUCUUAGAUUUAAAUCUAGCAAUAGGGAAAGCACUUUAUCUAGAGACUUUCUCCUGUAAUUUCACAAACAAAUAAGUUGGAGUCAGUGGGGAAAAAGUCUGCCAUUGAAAUAGAUGUUACACCUGUGAAGAAUCCUCCUUCCUGGAUUGACUCAUCAGGCAUCAUCCUCGUUUGCAGCUCUCUGCAUUCAACCUCAGAUUCUGUGAAGCGUCUUUAUAAAUGACUAAACCACGCCAUAACUGCAGGCAGUUAUUUAAGGAGUGCACUUCCACAAGAUGGCCAUCCUCUUAAAGAAAGGUACAUCCCCAAAUGUGGGUACCAGAGAGCUUCAGGGGCCAGAUGCCUGUGGCUGCCCUUUUUCAUUUAAGGACACAAGUUCACUGGACAAUGGCUCAAAAGGCCUGUGCUUUAUAUCUGAUACAGUGGAUAGUUUGCUUAUGUCGCUAUUUGUUUGCUCCUAUGAACACUGGGAUUUUUGGUGAAGAAAAAUGUACUCUCAUUUUAGUUUCUGCAAUGCAGUGGUCCCAGACACUAGUGUCUAAAUAUGGCUUAAGAUUGUAAUGAUUUUUACAUAAUAAGAUGUUUUACAUAGCAUUUUCUUUAUUAGUUUUAUUUAGCUUAUAUUUAUAUCGUUCCUUAAGGACUAUUAUUCUUAAUUAUGUCUAUAGAUAGGUUCUCUUUAAUGCAAUAUACCAGAAAAAAAAGAAGGAAAGAAGGAAAAAAAAAAGCUCACAGGAUAACCAAUUUGUUCUAAGUUGUUUUUUUGUUUUGUUUUGUUUUUUGUUUUGUGUGUGUGUUUUAACACAUUUAGCAAUCAUCAGAUAGCCACAUAAAAUUUCAAGGGAUCAUUAACUUAGUAACAAAGCUAUCUUGCAUGUAUGUCAUUCUUAUUGUUUCACACGAGAAGUUAAACAGAUUUUAUAUUGGGAGUAAAAACUGUUUUAUAUCUCACAAUCAAAAUGAGUGUCUUGUAAAUAUUGUGCAAUGUCUGAAAUGUGAAAUUAAAGCACAACCUGCAGACUUUUUUAGUUGUAUUUUUUAUUUGAAAUGUUUAAUGUUUUUAUGAAACAAAUUAAACUGAUGUUAAUUUUGA